UACAGAUAUCUAAAGUAAAGUGCAAGUGCAUGGUUAUACUUACUCCUUACUCCUUCAAUCGGUUAUAUAUUCUAAUUAGGGGUAAGCCCGCAAUUUUGUUAGGGCUAUAUAUAGGUUUUCAUAUUUAUCUGUGUUACAGAUUUGCCCUACGUAAUGGAUUUACGUUCUAAAGAGACGGAAUGGCUGGCACAGGUCACAAGGAUUUUCAAGGAGGAGAGCAUUCCCAACCCUAAUUCUAUACAACCUGAUGUAUCUGAGACACAGAAACUUCUCAAGAAUUUAUACCGCAGCAGAACCAAAACAUGGUGGAACAAAGCUGCGCUUGAACAGUACCUGACCAGAGAUCUGGCACCCAGGGGCCUUCGAGUUCAGGUAUGCCCCUCAUUCCCUUUGGGAGAUGACAUCUUAAAACAGAGAUGGGAAGAUGCCUGUAAAUUAUGUUCACGUACCUUCAUUGAGCUACUAAUUGGAUAUGAAAAGAAGCAAUUGGAGGACAUAGAGAAGUCAAUUGCACCAUUACAGGAUAAAUUGCGACUGAUAGGUAGCCCGGAGAUGAUGGCACGAUUUGAACAAGAUCUAAACAACGAUCAAGCCCGAUGGGAAAAAGAAAUUCAAGAACAAAAGGCAAAGAAAUUUCAGCGUGAUAUUGCAGAUUAUCAAAAUGAAAGAAUAUUUCGGUGGCAUUAUAAACGUAACACCGAUCGUUCUGCCUCAAGCUCGGUGACAUCUAUACGGAGCAAUCAUUCACAACGUGCUGAGGGCUCAACAGGAGUGGGACAGACGAUGAUGACAUCAAAAACUCCAAUUAAACGAAAAUAUAACAAUCUGGACGACUCCAAAAAUGGGGAAUUAAAGCCCCGGAGGAAUUGGAGGCGCUUCGAACACUAGAGGAACUACUGAUGGAGCAGGAAGGAGGUGAGUCGAAAUUUCCGCCCUUCACUCGUGGCCGGUCUGUCACAUUUCCGCCCUUGUCCUUGAGCCCGGCAAUUGAAACGUUUGUAAAAAUGGUGGUGAAGGACUUAUUUAUCCUCCCCACGAAACGUUCAUAUGACAACUUGAACCAAUCUCAGAGAGUGGCUUUAAAACAAUUGAGGGCAAUGAAGAAAGUGGUAUUUAAGCCGGCGGAUAAGGGUGGAAAUGUGGUAGUCUGGCCUAUCGAGAUGUAUGAGGCGGAGGCCCAUCGUCAAUUACGUGACACCGCCUGCUACCGUAGAUUGACCUCUAAUCCUACCAACGACUACCAAAUGCAGAUACAGGCCGUUUUGCUGACAGCGGUGGAGUCAUCAGUCAUUAAUAGGACUGUAUAUAAUGGCUUGAUAGUGAAGCAUCCAAUAACCCCCACAUUGUAUCUACUACCGAAGGUGCAUAAAUCUUCAACGAGACCUCCGGGUAGACCGAUAGUGUCGGGGUGUGGUGGACUGAGCGAACCCAUUUGUCGCUUUUUGGAUUUCUACCUCAA